CCCGCUCUGUCACCUCACAGUAGUCGUUGCCGGUGGCGGGUGCGGGAGCGCGAGCAGCCCAGGGCGGCCUCUCCCCGCCCCUGAGGCCGGGCCGGGGCUCGGUCUCCCGUUCCCUCCACUUCCCUCCCCCGUCGGGUACGGGAAGGUCCAAGCCGCUGCCGGGUGCCUGAGGGACUUCGUGGCCGCCGCCGCCACGGGUCCCGAUGGAGCCGCCGAAUCUCUAUCCGGUGAAGCUCUACGUGUACGACCUGUCCAAGGGCCUGGCCCGGCGGCUCAGCCCCAUCAUGUUGGGGAAACAACUGGAAGGCAUCUGGCACACCUCCAUAGUCGUGCACAAGGAUGAGUUCUUCUUCGGCAGUGGUGGCAUCUCCAGCUGUCCGCCAGGAAGGACUUUGCUUGGGCCCCCAGAUUCUGUGGUUGAUGUUGGGAGCACAGAAGUCACAGAAGAAAUCUUUCUGGAGUACCUGUCCUCCCUUGGGGAAUCUCUGUUCCGAAGUGAGGCCUACAACAUCUUUGAGAACAACUGUAACACCUUCAGCAACGAAGUGGCACAGUUCCUAACCGGGCGGAAGAUCCCUUCUUACAUCACUGACCUUCCCUCUGAAAUUCUCUCCACGCCCUUUGGACAGGCCCUGAGGCCCUUCCUGGACUCAAUUGCGAUCCAGCCUCCCGGAGGGAGCCCGGUGGGCCGACCCAAUGGCCAGAGCUAACCGGACUGCAUGGGACCGCCCUGCCUCACCAGGGCUUUUCCUUUUUAAACAAAACAAACCCUACCAGAUUUCUAUUUUAUAAUUUUACAUCAGAGCUAACAACCAGGGGACGGCUUUUUAAAUUUCCCAGGGAAGGAAGUCACCAGGCUGCAUGUAGGACACAGCUGCUAAGACACAGAACAAAAUGCCAUCCCUUCUAAUAGUAUUAUACUAAUUUAUUAAGG